CCAGGGCUGGGAAGAGAAAAAGGCAGAGGAGAGCCCUGGUAUCAUGAACUGCAUCAUCCGGCCGUGCACGGUGAAGGACUGCAAGGUCAUUCUGCAGCUCAUCAAGGUGAUUGCCAUCGAUUACAAAGUCCCCCCAGCCCAUUUGAAAGUCACCCUGGAAGCACUCAGAGAGGACGGAUUCGGGGCCCAACCGAUGUAUGACUGUUAUGUGGCGGAGCUGCCCUCUGGGCAGAAUAGCAAGAAGGGUGACAGCAUCGUGGGUUAUGUUCUGUCCACCUACACUUACAGCACCUGGAAGGGCAGGAACGUCUACAUAGACAACCUGUAUGUCCGGCCUGAGUUCAGAGGUCAGCAGAUUGGGAAGCAGCUGAUGAAGAAGACUGCAGAAGUGGCCCUGAAGAAGGGCUGCAGCCAGAUCCGCAUGCAUGUAGCCAGGUGGAAGGAAAACGAAAAUCGCUUCCUGACCUGUUGUGGCAGCGAGAACCUGACAGCCAAGGAGGGCUGGAACCUCUUCCGCUUUGAAGAAGACACUCUGUGGAGACUGGCAGCCCACAACAAAUUUUAGAGGAAUGGGGGGUAGGGAACAGAUGGAUUGGGAGUCCAGCUGGUGGAUUGGGAGGUAGGCAAUUAAAUGC